UUUUGUGACGUUUUUCCAAUCGACUCGAGAAAAGUCUCUCCGCCGCCGCGGCCUAGCAUUCACCAUCCCUCAUUCCGGUGAUUUUAUUGCCUCAUGUCCGUCCGUACGAUCCCGAACCGAGCGGGACACGCUGUUUUAUGACGGACUGAACAAGCGACUGUCGAUUUAAACGGAGUUUUACUUUGAAAGCUAGUGAAAAACAGCCAGCAGGGCGCGCGAGCGAUGACAUCCCGGAGGUGGUUUCACCCCAACAUCACCGGAGUCGAGGCAGAGAAUCUUUUACUUACUCGAGGUGUUGAUGGAAGUUUUCUGGCCCGGCCCAGUAAAAGCAAUCCAGGAGACUUUACGCUGUCUGUCAGGCGAAAUGGUGCCGUCACUCACAUUAAGAUUCAGAACACGGGAGAUUAUUAUGACCUGUACGGCGGAGAGAAGUUUGCCACGCUGGCUGAGCUGGUGCAGUACUACAUGGAGCAUCACGGACAGCUGAAAGAGAAAAACGGAGAUGUCAUUGAACUAAAAUAUCCACUCAACUGUGCCGAUCCCACCUCAGAGAGGUGGUUUCAUGGUCACCUGUCAGGCCGCGAGGCGGAGAAGCUCCUGACGGAGAAGGGAAAGAAUGGAAGUUUUCUGGUGAGAGAGAGUCAGAGCCACCCUGGAGAUUUUGUGCUGUCGGUACGGACCGGCGAUGACAAGACAGACACCAGUGACGGCAAACCCAAAGUCACACAUGUCAUGAUCCGCUGCCAGCAUGAUCUGAAAUACGAUGUCGGUGGUGGAGAGAAAUUCGACUCCCUCACAGAUCUGGUGGAACACUACAAGAAGAAUCCCAUGGUUGAAACUCUAGGUACCGUCCUGCAGCUCAAACAGCCUCUGAACACGACCCGCAUCAACGCAGCAGAGAUCGAGAGUCGGGUACGAGAGCUCAGCAAGCUGGCGGAGGCCACUGAUAAAGUCAAACAGGGCUUCUGGGAGGAGUUUGAGACGCUUCAGCAGCAAGAGUGCAAACUGCUGUACAGUCGCAAGGAAGGUCAGCGGCCGGAGAAUAAGAACAAGAACCGAUAUAAAAACAUUCUUCCCUUCGACCAUACACGAGUCAUGCUGAUUGAUGGUGAUGCUAAUGAGCCGGGAUCCGACUACAUCAAUGCCAACAUCAUCGAGCCUGAGCUUGAAAACAAGGGCAACAAUAAAUUAAAGAGGAGCUACAUCGCCACCCAGGGCUGCCUGCAGAACACCAUCAGUGACUUCUGGAGGAUGGUGUUCCAGGAGAACACGCGCGUCAUCGUCAUGACAACGAAGGAAGUGGAACGUGGAAAGAGUAAAUGUGUGAAGUAUUGGCCGGAUGCGACGGCACUGAAAGAGUAUGGAGCCAUGCGUGUACGCAACGUUAAGGAAACGCAGGCGCACGAUUACAUCCUUCGAGAGCUUAAGCUGUCAAAAGUUGGACAGGGUAACACUGAGCGUACAGUGUGGCAGUAUCAUUUCCGCGCCUGGCCCGAUCAUGGGGUGCCCGGAGACCCCGGCGGUGUCCUGGACUUUCUGGAAGAGGUCAAGUUAAAGCAGGAGGGCAUUACAGGGGCUGGACCCAUCGUGGUGCACUGCAGUGCUGGGAUUGGACGAACAGGAACGUUUAUUGUGAUUGACAUCUUAAUAGACAUCAUCAGAGAAAAGGGUGUGGACUGUGAUAUCGACGUCCCAAAGACGAUACAGAUGGUGCGAUCUCAGCGUUCGGGAAUGGUUCAGACGGAGGCGCAGUAUCGCUUUAUCUACAUGGCCGUACAACAUUAUAUUGAGACUCUACAGCGUCGCAUAGAGGAGGAGCAGAAAAGUAAAAUUAAAGGACGUGAAUAUACCAACAUCAAAUACUCGCUGUCUGAUCUGUCUGGAGGAGAUCAGAGCCCACUGCCACCCUGCACACCAACACCAACCUGUGUCGAUAUGAGAGAUGACAGCUCGCGGGUUUAUGAGAAUGUGGGUCUAAUGCAACAGCAGAAGAGUCACAGAUGAGAUUUGGGACUCCAUUGAUGUCCAAAACACAGGAAGUGUUUUUUGUUGCUCUUGAAGGCCGGAGAUGUGACCAUAUACAGAGAGACAACAUAAAAAGAUUUUAAAAAAGACAAAAAAAUCCAAAGAUGGUCCACACAAGCUCAGAGACAUGCGGAUGGAGGGAAUUUCAUUUCUUCAUCCAGCUACGUAGCCUUUUAACCCCACAUGAGAAACCACUGUGACCAUUUAAAAGCCUUAUACUGAAUAAACCCAGAACAAGCCCUGCAAAAUCCUCUUCUGUCGGGUGUGGAGAUCUCUCAGAUGAUUCAGGCUACAUUUAGCACGUGUGGAUAAACCUUCACUCUCUCGUUCGUCUCUAAAGUCGUCCCUUUGUUAGUCUGGUUUUUUAAUUGAAGCGCUUUUCAGCUGUGAAUGAUUAUUCGAAGAGAAAAUCAUGUCAGCUUUUACUCAAAUAAUCUGGAUAAAAUAAUCAGGAAAAUGUGAUUCUCUGGAAUACCGAUUAUUGUUGUACUUAAUUGAAGCAGACUUACUUUUUAAUAUCAAGUUAUUGGCUUCAUAUGUCCUAUUGUGUCAUUGUAGAAGUUUCAUCAUGUCUGAUUUCACAUUUUUUGCCUUUGGUUUAAGCCUAGCAUCCUUAAGAACUUCAGCAGAGUUGGGUCCGUACAAGGGCUGCAAACCGAUUAAUCGCAACUAAUCGUUUACAGAAUAAAAGUUUUUAUAAAUCA